AUGUCGGCAGCCACUUCCAACAACACUCUGCAGGUUCCCAGCAUUGAAAUCCAAUCAGCUUCUCAACAAGACAACGACAUGUCUACUCCAACCCCCAACAGCACAAGUAAUGCCUCUUCCAAUGCGAGUGCAACGGCUACUCCAACCAUCACAACCACCUCCACUACUGCCACCACCACUACCCCGAGCCCUGCACCUCGACAAACGACCAAUCGACCUCGCACAUUCUCAUUGUCAUCGUUGGUUGGCAAGACACGACGAGCUUACUCGGUCUCAUCAGCGUAUCCUCCUAAAAUGAUACAUCCUUCGCUUGUACCUUCCAACCUUAAAGCAAACACCACUACCAGUAACCAGUUGGCAGUCGACAAGGAUAUAUGGUUCCAUGCCAAACAUGUUACACCCACCCAACGACGCCAUUCAGUAGCUGCUGCUCAACGCAAAUAUGAGGAUUUCCAGCAAAAGAUGGAAGAAGCUCCUCUUUAUGUAUUGGUGUCAACUUACUUGAACUACUUGGUGCUUAUUCUACUUGGUCAUUUGCGUGAUGUGCUUGGCAAGGUGUUUAAACGUAAGGAGUACGCUCAUUUACGAAACAACCAGGGUUAUGCUCCAUUGGUCUCUGAUUUCGAUUCCUUUUACACUCGCCGGAUGUAUAUGCGGAUUCGUGAUUGCUGGAAUCGACCUAUCACCGGUGUGCCUACCCGAAAGACCCAGGUGCUGGAACGAGAAACGGAUGAUUUCAACAAGACAUUCAGAUUGACCGGACGCAAGAUCGAUGCUCUUAAUUUUGCUUCAUACAACUAUCUUGGAUUUGCUCAAGCCGAAGGACCUUGUGCUGAUGCGGUGGAGGACACUGUGCGUGAAUAUGGUAUUACGUGUGCAAGCACUCGCACUGAAACGGGUACCUUGGAUUUGCAUCGUCAAGUGGAAGCUCAAGUGGCUCGCUUUGUUGGCAAGCAAGAUGCUAUUGUUGUAUCCAUGGGCUUUGCAACCAACUCGACUACGAUCCCAUCACUCGUUGGAAAGGGUUGUUUGAUCAUCAGUGACGAGUUGAACCAUAGUUCUAUUGUUUUUGGAGCACGUUUAUCAGGCGCAUCGAUCCGUGUUUUCAAGCAUAACAACAUGGGUGAUUUACGUAACCUUUUGCGUGAGGUCAUUUCUCAAGGUCAACCACGUACGCAUCGACCAUGGAAGAAAAUCCUUGUGAUUGUCGAAGGUCUUUACUCUAUGGAAGGAUCAGUUGUCAAUUUGCCCGAGUUGAUCAAAUUGAAACGUGAAUUCAAGUUUUAUUUGUAUGUGGAUGAAGCUCAUUCGAUCGGUGCUCUUGGCGAACAUGGUGGCGGUGUUUGUGAUUUCUAUGGCGUGAAUCCGAAACACGUUGAUAUCCUAAUGGGCACUUUUACGAAAUCGUUUGGUGCAGCAGGAGGUUACAUUGCAGGCGACAAGGCAGUGAUUGACCGCCUGCGGCUUACCAACCAUUCCUUCCUCUAUGCCGAGUCGAUUACACCGCUUGUCACUCAGCAAGUGAUCACCAGCCUGGGAAUUAUCAGAGGUGAAGAUGGUACGGAUGAUGGUGCAAACCGUAUUCGACAAUUAGCCGACAAUGCACAUUACUUCGCCUCACGGCUCCGUGAAAUGGGGUUCAUUGUUUAUGGAGACGAAGGAAGUCCUGUUGUUCCCUUACUUUUAUUCAAUCCUGGAAAGAUUUCUGCGUUUUCGCGCGAGAUGCUCAAGCGAGAUAUCGCUAUUUGUGUUGUUGGUUAUCCCGCGACUCCUAUUAUCAGCUCCCGAGCUCGUUUUUGCGUAUCAGCAGCUCAUACCAGAGAAGAUUUAGAUCAUGCUCUGAAAGAAAUUAGUGAAGUAGGCGAUCUGUUGAUGCUCAAGUUUAAGGAGCAUAGUUAG